CAUCAGCUCUCGGGUUCUCCCUCUCUUUUGCCAUAAAAAAAGAGAGAGGAAGCAGCAGCAGCAGCAGUGAAGGCAGAGACUGGAUGAGCUUCCAGGCUCGUCGUGCCCGCGUAUCCUUCGUCGGUUUUCCAGCGGCCAGGCUGCCUCAGAACGUUAGCAGAGUGCGAACCGUGCUGUCGUCUAGCUCCGGCUCCGGCAUCAGGCACCAGAAGCAGCAGCAGAAAAAACAGCAGCAGCAGGAGCUCCCGCCACAACGGCUACAGAACUCAGGGAAACUUUUCCACACUCACACACACACACACACAGUCACAGUCACACAUUUAUACAGAAAGGACACAGGGGAAGCGACAACGACAACGACAACGGAAUAGCCUCAGACAAAUGGCCAGAACAGCGAGCAACGUAGCAGCGGGCCAGGCCAACCCGUGACUAUAAACGGAACACGAGAACAGUGGAGCAACAAAGAGCAGAACAGAAAAGGAGGUGAAAGGAAUAUCGCGAGUGCUGGAAAUGGAAGAAGAAAUGCUGCGGCUUCUAAUGUCGACGCCAGCAGCGGAAGUAGCAGCCACAACAGCAACAGCAGCAGCAGCAGCAACAUCAGAAGCAGAAGCAGCAGCAGCAGCAGCGGAAGGAGCAGCAGCAGCAGGAGCGACAGUGGCAAUAUCGCCCACGUUGUACUCCACAUAAUUUCGAGUCCCGCUCUCGCUGUUCCCCCCCUUAAGUCUUAAAUCUGUGUGUCUGUCCCCACGUCUCACGCUCUCACAGUCUGUUUCGUGUUAAUUGUUAUUUAUGUAUAGUGUGUUGUAUAUAUAAAGUUUGUGUGAUAACAAAAAAAGGGAGAUCGAACAUCGCGGAGAUCCCGAUACCCGAAACCCGAUAAUGAUAACGACCCCGAUCCAAACCGGAUAUCCAAUAAGCGACUAAGCGAAAGAUAAACUUCAACUUAAGUCGAAAAUCCAAAGCGUACAACGAGAACAAACAAACAAAAGGUUUUGCCAGCUGAAACAACCAAGAAACAAACAAAAAAACACCAAAAACCAAAACAACACUCCAACGGGUCCAAUGUUGCAGCCAACAACAUGCAGCAAACAGCAACAGCAGAGGCAGCAACCAGAACAUGCAGCAGCAGCGGCGGCGGCGGCAGGAGCAGCAGCAGCAGUGGGAACAGAAAAAGCAGCCAAUCGGCAGGAGCGGCAGCCGAUAGCUAAAGAUCAUGGAGCCCUAGCCUUAGCCUUAGCCACUGACAGAAGCAGCGGCAGCAGCCACAGAAGCUACAGCAACCACAGCAGCAGCGACAUGUUGCCCGUAAUCAGCACAAGCAGCACAACGAUAGAUUUCAAUAGUCGCCGUCGAAGGGGUCGUCUACGGGGCAUGGAGGAGGUCGCUUCAGCCUCAGCCUCUGAAGUACCCAAAGAACAACCAAUGUUCCAAGCAAAGAUGCUUGAAGAGUGUGUACAUAUUUUCAAACGCUUAGUAUUAUUAACAUUAAAUACAAUAUCAACAAGAACAACCGCAACAAUAACGAAAGGAAAGACAAGAGGCAGAACCGCAAAGGAAGACUCGCUGACCAGCAGCAGUUGCUGCUCCUUGCCACAGCCACAGCUUCAGCAUCAGACACAACGCUGCCGCCGCUUUCGCCUGCCGAUCUACUGCAUUCUGUUGGUUGGCUGUUGCCUGGCCACUCAGGGACUUGGUGUUGAGGCACACAAGCCCAAGUCCGCCAAACAGCAUUACAGCAGCAAUCAGAACAACCAGAACCCAAACAACAACAACCAGAACAACGAUGUGCUGAAUGGAGUUAAUGCACCGCCCUUGUAUCAGGGUGAACCCUCCCAGACAUCGGGCGAGGAUGAGGCUGAGCUGAUGUACCCCUUCACGUCCGGGGAGCACAUGUUCGGCGAGGAGGAGGAGCAGGACCAGGAGAUGAACAUGAAUGCAGCGCCUGGCUCUGACGAGGAUAAUGCUGGCAAUCAACGUGGUAUCAAUGACACUCACAGCGAGAAUUCGACAGUCACGAAAACGCCACUAUUCCCGAAAGAUCUGUUCACGAAAGAACAGCUUGAAAACGGCGCUGUCAUCCUGCACAUCAUUGGAGUAAUCUAUAUGUUUGUGGCGCUGGCAAUUGUCUGCGAUGAAUUCUUCGUGCCUUCCCUUGACGUAAUCAUUGAAAAGCUCGGCAUUACAGACGAUGUGGCCGGCGCGACUUUCAUGGCGGCGGGUGGCAGUGCCCCCGAGCUCUUCACAAGUGUGAUUGGCGUUUUCGUGUCGUUCGACGACGUUGGCAUUGGUACAAUCGUUGGUUCUGCGGUCUUCAACAUACUAUUCGUGAUCGGGAUGUGCGCUCUCUUCUCGAAGACUGUGCUCUCCCUCACCUGGUGGCCCCUCUUCCGCGACUGCUCAUUCUACAGCAUCAGCCUCCUGGUGCUGAUUUACUUCUUCCGCGACAAUCGCAUCUUCUGGUGGGAGGCCCUCAUCCUGUUCACCAUCUACAUCGCCUACGUGACCUUCAUGAAGUGGAACGUCGAGGUGGAGCAGUGCGUCAAGAAGUUGAUUACCAAAAACAAGGUGACUCGCGUCCGAAGUACAGAUCAACUUAUGCCAGCAGGUAAUGCGGCAAACUCAUCGGAAACCUCAAUGGCCACCCAGCCGGGCGGCUCGGUGACAUCGCGUGCGGCAAGCGAGACGCGCUCUGGGCCGCACGGCUCGAGCAACGCGGGCGCUACAGGUAAUAGCAGCGGUGGUGGCACCUCGGGUAGUACACAGACCGGUGCCAAAUUCCGUCAUGGCCUAUUACAGCUAAUGAUACACACGAUAGAUCCACUACACGAUGAUGAUGUUCCAGGCAAAGUGGACGAAAAGGCAACGCAGCUGCACGCCAUUGCCUCGCUUAAGGUGCUGCUGGACGCCACCAAGCCGCAGCGGGGUGGCGCCACCACCUCGGCUGCGAACCACGUCAAGAUCAACCUCAAGGAGACCACCCUGGCGGAUCGGCCCAAUGGGAAUAUUGACACGACGCUCGAUUCGCCAUCGUUGAGUGGUCGACGUCCUAGCUGGAUUGAGCAGAGGGUCAAAAUUCAGACACGCAAAUUUAGCAUCAAAGCGCCCGACAUCGAGGACGACCCGGAACCCCUGAGCAUGGCCUGGCCGGACACGGCGCGUAAGCGCCUCACCUAUGUCCUGGUGGCCCCGCUCCUGGUGCCCAUGUGGCUGACGCUGCCCGAUACGCGAACGCCGCGAGGCAAGCGCUUCUUUCCGGUCACCUUCAUCGGUUCCAUUGUGUGGAUAGCGGCCUUCUCCUAUCUGAUGGUGUGGUGGGCAAACGUGGCCGGAGACACGGCCCGCAUACCGCCCGAGGUCAUGGGCCUGACCUUCCUGGCAGCGGGCACAUCCAUUCCGGACUUGAUUACCUCGGUGAUUGUGGCACGCAAGGGAUUCGGCGACAUGGCCGUCUCCAGCUCCGUGGGCAGCAACAUAUUCGAUGUGACUGUGGGCUUACCGAUACCCUGGCUGCUGUAUGGCAUCAUCUACGGUGCGCCCGUUGAGGUGAACUCGGUGGGCAUGGUGUGUUCCAUAACCAUUUUGUUUAUGAUGCUCGUAUUCGUGGUGAUGUCCAUUGCCUGCUUCCGUUGGCGCAUGAACAAGGGGUUGGGCUUUACCAUGUUUCUGUUGUAUUUUGUCUUUGUCGCAGUGUCGCUGAUGUUCGAAUACGAUGUAAUCACUUGUCCCUUCUAAAUCUGAUGUGUGUUAAGGGGCAAGGGCAAAGACAAAAUAGUACCAACGGUAACCGAGGUGUACCAAUAUACAUAUACCGCAUAGAUUUCGAAGAAGAUAUACAUAAAUAUGUAUGUCGAAGAGAUUGAGAGCCCAAAACGUGUUGUUUUGAUGGGGCAAAAUCUCUUUCUCUCAUCCAAUUAGCUAAAUUAUAUACAAAAGCAAAUUAAUGAAUGAAUAACAAAUUAAUUAACAGUGGACUAAAGCUAAAUAAUCGAAUUGUUAAACAAACACCGACUCAGAUGCAGACACAGACACAUACAUUCACACACAUACACACGAACAUGCGAAAAACUUAACGUUAAAAUGCGAGUUAGUUAGUGCCAGCGUUUCUUUUUCGAAAGACAUUUACUUUAAAGUGUUUAGCCGCAGCUUUUUAUGCACCCUGUACCCUAAACCCUAUAUCCCUCUAUACUGUACGAACUCUAUCGUAUCUAUCGUCUCUAUCUAUCUAUCUAUCUACGAUCUACCAUGAUCAACUACGAGCAACCUUAUUAGAAAGAAAGACGAGAACAAUGGCUUCCCAACCAAUUACUAUCUAUCUAUGUAUCCACCUAAGCGUUUGGGUUUAAACUACUCUAAAGGAUUAAAAGAUAAAUAUAUAUCCAUAAAAUGUAUAUCUUGGCACAAUGGCACCCUCUAUACACGAUAUACAGAUACGAUAAAGAAUAGCGAAGAACCAGCAAACGAAUGCUACUACAAUUUUUGUCGCUUUUCAGUUGCGUGCUCUACUAAGAUUUCUUCUCCUAAAAGCUUUAUCCAAGAGCCUCUCUCUAAAACUCUAUCUCUAGUUUAGCGACCUAUAAACAUACAUACUACAUACGGAAUGCGGAGGAAUGAAUAUAUACCCUUUCCCCCAUAUACCCUCACACGAACACUUGCCACUAUAUAUUGACCUACACCACAUUACAAACAUACCUACAUAUGUAUAUUGAUUAAGUGAUAAUUUGCGUACUUAUUAAACAUGCAAAAGCAAAAAGCGAAACUCUCAAAGUAAGCUACAAUUAUACUCGAAACUAAAGUCGAAUCAAAGCGAACAGAAAGCGAACCAGAGACGAAUGUAAGGAAUACUUUAAAAAAACAUUUUGCUAAUGCAUUUGCCACACACCCAAAAACAAGCAAAAAAAACCAAAACCAAAGCAUUAUGAUUAUCGAUUAUACUGAUUGAAAUUCCAAGUCCAAAUCCAAUUCUAAUUCUUAUUCUAGUUAUGAUUAUGAUUCUAGUUCUGAUCCUAAUUCUAAUUCUAAUUCUGCUGGCGUGUAGAACGAGCAGAACCUUAAAUUUAAAUUUAAACCAUAUUUAUUAUAGACUAUUUCAAAUCCAAAAAAAAAAGAAAAGAAACCAAAACUAAUUUCAUAUACUUACUGAAGAGUCAAGUCCCCCAAAAAGUCAACAUAUAGAUAUGAGCAUAUAAAGAUAUUGAUAUAUAUAUAUAUAAACGACAUAUAAAACGAUAUUUAAACGAAAUACGAAAGAAAAUCAACUUGCUCUCUUUAUUUAGAACGUACGUAACAUUUUUCUAAACUAAAACUAAAACCCUAAAACUCGUAUUAACAAAAAAAAAGGUGGCCGCAAACCGAGCUAAAGCAAAUGCAUAAAAAGAUUAAGCAAAACGAAUGGAAGAUAACUUAACAUAAUACGCAUACAUAUAUACACCUAAAUAUAUACAUACAUUAUAUAUUUUAUAUAUAACAGAAAGAUAACUUACUAUAUACAUACAUUUACAUAUAUAUAUGCAACAAAAACUAUACCUAAGUAGGCAAUGUAUCUAACGUUUGCAUAUGGCUCGCAAUCAAGUUGAGGAAAUGACAGACAGAACAACAAACAAAGAGAAACAAAGAUACACCACAUCACACACCCAUACACAGACACAGACACAACAUACACACAUAGAACAGAAAGCAAUAAUUUUUAUUACCAGAGAUCUAGGAGGAAGCAGUGACAUAACUUUAUAUACAUAUAUAUAUUGUACACCGAUUCGAAGCGCUCGAAGCUGCAUAUCAAACAGCAGCAGCAGCAGAGCAACUGAAGUUGAUGUUGUGGAAGCCAUCGGACAUAGUUAUAAAUACACACACAUAUAUAUAUAUGCUGUAAUGUAAUGUACUUACUGAAUAACGCGAUAUGCAAAUGCAAAUGCAAGAAAUUAACGUAACUAAGUGGCUGCUCUUACACCCCAUGGGUGCAGUGCAUUCGAUUGCACACAGAUAUAUAUAUAUAUAUAUACAUAUAUGUAUAUAUAUGAUAAAAAAUAUUAUAAUUACAAGUAUAGAAUAUGGACAGAAACCAGAGAACACAUCUACAGCUGAGAAGAAGCUGAAACAGAAGAAGGGGAGCCAGGAGAAGAAGACAUUGUACAAAGACCCUCUCCUACGACAAAGAUUAAUCAGAAAAAUGCUUUCUCUCUCUCGCUGUUUUCAUAAGGCACAUACCAUCCCUGCCGUUCGAUGCACUAGUCUAGGGUUGGCUUAGAUCUUGGGAUGUCCUUCUACGAUAGUGUUGGGGUUCUCUAGCAUGCCUUAAACCAAACCAAAUGUUAAUAGGGAAUUCCUUACACUACACCUUAAGCUUUCUUGGAUCACUCCAAUCAUUCCCUUCUUAGAGACUUCUUUGCUUUUCGGCUCUCAUUAUCACACUCUCAACACCAAAACUAUUGACUGUAUUGUCCAUCGAUAUCAUCGAUAUAAUAGAUAUAUCCCAACUAGCAAGCUCACUUCUCACGAGUAGAUUGCCUCGGUCACCAGGCUUUAACAGAGACAACUUCCAAGAACAAACAACAAAUUAACUUAAUCUUUUAUACAUGCUGUAUGUUAAACUAAACAACAAAAAACAAAAGCG